UUUAUGUGUGUGUGACAAAAAUGGUGUCCUUUUACCAGCUGUCGUUCAUUUUGUAUUGAUAAAAAUCAACACUAUUGUUGACUAAUUCUUUUUUAUUGUACGCUAUGGCGUCUGUACUCGAUUUAGUAAAACAUUAUCAACAUGCCAUAGAAAAAUAUCCAAACGAUGAGCAGAAAGUUCUGAAGUCGAUCGACAAACUGUUCGGGCUGGGAGUGACGGUGCAGCACCUGCAGGAGACGGGAGUGGGCCGCACCGUGAACGCGCUACGCAAGGAUCCGGGCACCGUGGGACAGGCCGCGCGAGCUCUCGUCAAUAAAUGGAAAUGUAUGGUCGCGUCCGAGGAAAGCGACCAGGAAGCCGAUCAAAACAAUGACUCCACUAACUACAAUGGGCAUGGAAAUGGAAAAGAUUCUGAUGAUAGUGCUAAUCGGUCUAGAAGUAGGCACAAUGAUGACUCGGAAAGAUCAUAUAAAUCUGAUGGAUCGCGGAUAAAUGGAAAUACAAGUGGAACCAAAAGGAAAUAUCACAGCAGCGAGGAAGAAGAUAGCAGCACUAAAAAGUCCAAACACUCAAGCUCCAGUGAGAGUAAUAACCAGAAAAGAUCAGUUAAAGUCAAGCAGGAACCAUCCGAAAGUGAUGAUCAUCAUGACUCUGAAGAUUCACAGAGCUCAGACAGUGAGAGUGAGAUGUCAGAUUCAUCAGGUGAUGAUAGAAAUGAUAGGAAUACUAACCAAAAUAUAAAAAUAGAACCUUCUGAAAACCACAGAUCUGCAUCAACCAAACAUUCUUUACACAACCAUAAUAUGGAACCUAAAAAAGAAUUAUCCUCAUCAAAGAAGUCUUCUGAUAAUGACAGACAUUCUAAAAGUCAUAGUUCGGACUCAAGACAUUCAUCUAGCAAAACCUCGUCUGGUGAGAAGUCACAGAGCUCACAUAAACAUACAAAAUCCAUGGACAAGGAAAGUAGUUCAGAAAAGAAACACAAAUCUGACUAUGGUGUUGAAAAAGAUAAGAAAAGAGAAAACAUCAAUUUAUCUAGUAAACAUAAGACUUCCUCUGAGAAACAUAGGAGUUCUUCUGAAAAGCAUAGUAAUUCUUCUGAAAAACAAAGAAGUUCCUCUGAAAGCCACAAGUCCAGCUCACAAAAAGAUAAGUCUGAUAGAAGUAAAGAAAAACAUGACAAGAAUGAGAAGCGUGAAAGUAAAUCUGAAAAACACUCCAGCCAGUCUCAUAAAUCAGACAAAGAAAAACAUAACUCAAACAAGAGUUCUUCUGAUAAAGAAAUGCAAAAACACAAGUCAAGAGAAAGUAGUAGUAGUUCUAAGGAAAAGCAUAGUUUGUCUAGCGCUGAAAAAAGUAAAGAUAGGAGUAGUUCUUCUAAAGAAAAAUCAAGUCAUAGCCAUAAGAGUGAGAAAAAGUCAGCACAUGAGAGUAAAUCCAAGAAUGACAGCAAAGACAAAAACAAGGUUGAUGACAGGAGUAGUGAGAAAAAGUCUAAACAUAAUUCAAGUUCCUCUUCGUCUCACAAAAGUGAGAAGUCAAGCAGUAAAGUGGCUGUACCAAAGACAAAACCACAAAUAAACAAUAUCGUGGAUAGUGAUGAUGGUAUUGAUUGUGGAUCAGGUGCCAGUUUUGCUGAAGCCUUGGGCAUGGCUAGUCCUGUCAAGCCAAAAAAGAAAACUGUUUCUUUAAAAGAAAUGUCUUCACCCAACACAUUUAAUAAUGAUCUAAGCCCAGCGGCGAUGCUCGCGCCGAGCGCCAAGCUGGCGCCACUGCCGGCGCUGGAGAUCUCCGCGCUGCCCGAGAUCUCGCCCAACUACCGGCCGCGCCCGCCCCCCCGCCUCAUGCCGCACUUCACCGACGAAGACGCUAUGAGCCAAGUCAUCUCUUUAAAGAACCAAAGAACUAAAGUGUACUCCGGAAACAAGGUUAUAGGAAAAAUUCCCACACUUUACGAGCUGUGCGUCCAUGUCCUUCAAGAGCACAUAGAUGCACUCGAGUUCACCGGAGGUGUGCCAUACGAGAUACUGAAGCCCAUCGUCGACAAAGCCACGCCGCAGCAGCUGUUCAUGCUGGAGUACCACAACCCCUACCUCACCGAGGACACCGACCAUUUGUGGAAGGCUUUCUGCGAGAAACACUUCCGCAACAAGAAAAGACAAGAGAUGGAAGCGUGGAAAGAGAUGUACAUGAGAUGCCAAGAAGAACAGGAGGAUAAACUCAAGUCUCUAACGGCCAAUAUCAGAAUGACUCAAGAAGCCAAGAAGGCGCCCAUCAAGCAAACCAAGAUGGCGUAUGUGGAUUCUGUAGUGAAACCGCCGCGCAACAUUGCUAGGAAACAGGCGCAGCACGGCACGGCGUUCGCGGCGUCGGCGAGCCCGGCGGCGCGCGUGGCGGCGCUGGCGGCGGCGCCCAACGUGCUGCGCGGCGGCGCGCGCGCCGGGCCCGCGCCCGUGCUGCCGGCCGGCGCGGCGCUCAAGCCCAAGAAGGCGCCGCUCAUGGCCAAGGCGCUGCAGUUCAUGCGCGGCCGCAAGCGAUGA